CACAUGCUGGCCAUCGGCAGCCUGGACCACUCGUACAUCGUGCGGCUGCUGGGGAUCUGCCCGGGCCCGCAGCUGCAGCUGGUGACGCAGCUGCUGCCGCUGGGCUCGCUGCUCGACUACGUGCGCAAGAACCGCGGCGCCAUCAGCCCGCAGCUGCUGCUCAACUGGUGCGUGCAGGUGGCCAAGGGGAUGUACUACCUGGAGGAGCACCGCAUGGUGCACAGGAACCUGGCUGCCCGGAACGUGCUGCUCAAGUCGCCCAGCCAGGCGCAGGUGGCCGAUUUCGGCAUCGCCGACCUGCUCUACCCCGACGACAAGAAAUACUUCUACAACGAGGUCAAGACGCCCAUCAAGUGGAUGGCCCUGGAGAGCAUCCACUUCGGCAAGUACACGCACCAGAGCGACGUCUGGAGCUACGGGGUGACGCUGUGGGAGAUGAUGACGUUCGGGGCCGAGCCGUACGCCGGGAUCCGCCUGGCCGAGGUGCCGGACCUGCUGGAGAAGGGCGAGCGGCUCUCGCAGCCGCAGAUCUGCACCAUCGACGUCUACAUGGUGAUGGUGAAAUGCUGGAUGAUCGAUGAGAACAUCCGCCCCACCUUCAAGGAGCUGGCCAACGAGUUCACGCGCAUGGCCCGCGACCCGCCGCGCUACCUGGUCAUCAAGGUGAGCCCACCGGGGGGAUUGGGGGGGAUUGGGGGGGUCCCGGGAUGUCCCACAGUGUCCCCUGAUGUCACUCGGGGUCCCGGGGAUGUCCCCCAAGCUCUCCCAGCCCCAAGCCCCCCAUGGGGGUGGGUGGGCUCUGGAGCCCCCCUGCCCCAUUCCCGCAGCAGAGGGGGGUCCCCGCGGUGUCCCCUCGGUGUCCCCUCAGUGCCACCCCCGUGUCCCCCCGUGUCCCCGCAGAGCCCCAGCCUGCUGAGCGCCCCCGCCGGGUACAUCCCCAUGAACCAGCCCGGCCUGGGCUGCGCGCGGCAGUCAGGAGGAGAAGGGGGGGGGGGGGGGGGGGGGGUGGUCCCUGACCGGUGUGUGCCCCCCUCAGACCCCACGGGGGGCUCGGUACCGACCGCGGAGGAGGAAGAGGAGGAGGAAGAGUACGAAUACAUGAACCGGCGACCCCCGGGGGUCUCCCCCCAACCCCGCCCGGCCUCGCUGGAAGAACUGGGCUACGAAUACAUGGAGGUGACCCCCGAGCCGGGGGGACGCCCCCAACCCCAAAACCGCGGCGGGGGCGAGGAAGACGACGGUGAGGACGAAGAUUACGAGUACAUGAACAAACAGCCGCGCCUCAGCCGCUCGCUCCUGGGGGGGCACCGCGGCUACACCCCCAUGGGAGACCCCCCCGCGACCCCCGAGGAGGAGCAGGGCUACGAGGAGAUGGAGGCGGUGCUGCGGCCGCCCCGAGCCCACCCCCAAAUCCCCCCCGCGACCCCCAUGAAGCCCCUGCGGAGCCUGGAAGCCUCGGACUGCGCCUUCGACAACCCCGACUAUUGGCACAGCCGCCUCUUCGCCAAGAGCGACCCCCAGAGGACUUAAAGGACCCCCGGGGACCCCCCCCGGACCUCCCCAAUUUGGGCGGGGGUCGCGCUGAAGAUGAAGGAUUCACCCCCCCCCU